AUGUCAAGUUUCUCUAGUGUACGUAUACUGCCUCUUAUCAUUCAUCAUAUCCCUUCUAUAAGUUUCAGUAUUGUCAAUUCGACGUCAUCACUCAGCGGUUCUACUUCGAGUGCGCCAGACGGUUCAGGGAGAACGUUUACUCCUACUUUCACUGGUCAGUUUGGGUCAGUGACUCCGCUUUACAACCCUGAUGGAUCUAUUAAGGGCAUUUAUGAUCUUCAAGGAAACUUCUAUGUUCAUGGUGGAUCGAGAAACUCAGUUUUGGGAGCUUCUCCAACUUUGGUGAAUGCCACCAGCUCUCGAGCACCACCACCGAGCUCUAUGGGGAAUAUGGCUGGCGGAGUCUCAAUGAGCAGGUCUUUGAACUCCGGCAGAGGUGUCCUGAGUCAAGGGAUCCUUCAACAGCAAGGUACAAUCAUGUGUAUAUGUAUGCUCACAGGACCUCCACAGGUUUAUUCUAUGCCUGGAAGUUCCUAUCCUACUGCUGGAGGACAUCCCCAAGCUCAUGUUCAAGCUCUGAGUAGCCUAAGCUCUGUGAGCUCUAUGAAUGAUAUGAAUAAUGCUGAUUAUCAUCAAAUGAAUUUGCAUCAUAAAGAAGUAAUGAUGCAAUCUCAACAGUCAUCUAUGGGAAGGCAUGGUGGGGUUUACUUUGGUGGUGCGCCUAUGUCACACUAUCCUCCACAAUUACAACAUGCUCAAGCUGUGAGCAGUAGUGUCUCCUCUCAGACUGGUGCAUUAAGAUCUGUGAAUGCAGCAACGGGUUAUGACCAGCCCCUCCAGCACCAUCAGAACACGUCCCAGUAUCGCGGGCAGAAGCUGCCAGCUAUUGGACAACCCAUCAGAGACGUGGGAUCACAACCAACGCAAGAGGCGGCGACACAGUCAGCUCCUGACCCUUUUAGCAUGCUAGGUUUGCUUAGUGUGCUAAACAAGACCAAUCCUGACGUGACUACUUUGGCACUUGGGAUGGACUUGCAAACACUGGGGUUAGACAUGACCUCGAAAGAAGAUCUUUUCAAGACUUUCGCCUCGCCUUGGGCUAAUGAACCCCUUAAAGAUGUUCCUGAUGAGUUCACUCUACCGCAGUGUUACAACGCAGAACAACAUCCACCUCCACAUCAAUGGAUGUUUAGAAAGCUUAAGCUGGACACAUUGAUGUACAUAUUCUAUAGCAUGCCGAAAGAUGAGGCGCAGCUAUACGCAGCAGAUGAACUUUACAACAGGAACUGGUUCUACCACAAAGAACACAAGUGUUGGUACUUUCGAAUUGGGGAACCUAUCGUGAAAACAGAUGCGUAUGAAAAAGGAUCAUAUAUGUGUUUUGAUCCAGAGGAAUUUGAGUCCGUUCAAAAGGAUAAUGUAGUUAUUUACUAUGAGAUGGUGGAAAAGAGGACGUUUAUACAUCAAUACCGAAUGUAGAUGAUCUGUUAUUAAGUAUCUAUGAUGUAAUGUUCCAUCUGUUAGGAGUGUUCAUAGAUCAGGAAUCAGUUUCCAGUAUGUACUUUUCCAAACUUUGCUUUUUGUUGGUGAUCAUAUGUAGCUGAAACUUCUUUAAGCUAUAUAUUCAAUGAACGCAU